AUGUCAAGUAUCUUUGACCCGACGGCGAGCGGUGACAAGCUCCAGCCGGCGGCUCUCGCUGUCAAUCUGGGCACCAACAUCGGCCUCUCUCUCAUCACCCUUGGUGCCUUCUGUUGGCUGCGACCCAGGAACGGAGACAGCGAACUCGUCGAGAAAAUCGGCCUCGACGCCGUCGUUUUCAUCCGCUUCAUCCGCAUGUGCCGACAAGUCUUCAUCGCCCUCACCAUCCUCGGCUGUGGCACCCUCAUCCCCAUCAACAUCAUCGGUACAAUACGCUCCGCAGACGGCGUCGUCCCCGAGGACAAGAUCGGCCUCCUCACCAUCUCGGGAAUCAAAAAUUUUGACUGGCUCUGGGCUCACGUCGGGGCCAUCUGGGCCUUCAGCACCGUAUUUGGUCUCGCCAUGCUCCACGGCUACAGAUCCUUCUUAAAGUUGAGGAUCCAGUACUUUGAGAGCGAUAUCUACCAGGAAUCGAUGGCCUCCAGGACCAUCAUGCUGGCUGGUCUCCCAGAUUCCCUUCAGGACGAUGGCAAGCUGACGACCUUUAUGAGCAGUCUUGGAACAACGGACCAGCCUGUCCAGGCCGUGGUGGGACGCAAGGUCAACAAGUUGCCCGAAUUGAUGGCCGAGCACAAAAAGAUGGUGACCUCACUCGAGAAAAUCAUGGCCAAGUAUUUUGCCGAUCCAAGCAAGUUGCCAGAGAAGAGACCGACGGUGCGCAUUGGACGUUUCUUCGGGACAAAGGUCGAUGCCAUCGACUACUACUCGCAGCAGAUCGAGGAACUGAGCGAGAAGAUUGAAAGGACACGCAUGGAAAUCUCCAAAUCCCAGCCCACCAACUACGGCUUUGUCUCCUACCAAACUAUCCAGGGUGCACACAAGGUCGCCAAGGAAUUCACCAACCCCGUUGCCUUCAGAACCCGCACUAAGAUGAUCGACCCUCCAGAGCUGUUCCUCUCCCCAGUCCCCAAAGACAUCAUCUGGUUCAAUGUCUCCAACCCCAAGCAUCUCCGCAAGUCUCGCAGGGUCAUUGUCAACAUCCUCUUCUUUGUCGGAUCGCUCCUCUUCUUCAUCCCCAUGGGGUUUUUGACCGCAUUCGCCAAGCUGGAACGCUUCAUUGGACUCUUCCCAGCCACCAAGCCAUAUUUUGACAACAACCUUUUCGUCGCCGGACUUGUUCAAUCUCUGCUGCCAAUCUUGGCCCUCGAUAUCCUGAUGUUGUUGGUCCGCAAGCUGAUUGUCUACCUGGCCUGGUUCCAAGGAAACAUCACAAAGUCGAGCACGGAUCGAUCGACCCUCGCCAAGUUCUACCUCUUCUUCACUCUGAACAACCUCAUCGUCUUUGCGUUCUCGGGCACCAUUUUGGGAUUCUAUACCCAGAUCAAGCUCUUCCUCGAAGACCUUCAAUUCAACUCGGGGACCUGGGACGCCAUCACGGCCUUUAUCCACAGCCAGGACAACAUUGUUGAGAUUCUGUCAACGAGCGUCGUCGGCACGAGUUUGUUCUGGGUCAAUUACAUGUCUCUCCGCAACUUUGGCGUGCUCUUGGAUCUCUCCCAGUUGGUCGCCUUGGCUGUUUACUGGCUAAAGUCGACUGUGACUCCACGCGAGAGCAAGGCUAUGGACAAGCCCGACGUCUUUGACUUUCCUCUGUUCUUUUCGGUUCACCUGUUCACCCUGACAGUCGCCCUCCUCUACUCUGUUAUCUCGCCUUUGAUCCUCCUCUUCGCCGCCGUCUACUUUUCCCUGUCCUCGCUCGUCUACAAGUACCAGCUGAUGUAUGUCUUCCGUACUAAAGUCGAGACAGGAGGACGUCUUUUCCGAGUCGUCUACAACCGUAUCAUCUCCGCCUUGCUCCUCUUCCAGAUUGUCAUGAUCGGAGUCCUCAACCUCAAGACCGCCCACAGACAAUCCCUUGCCAUCAUCCCCUUGCCCAUCUUGACCAUCCUCUUCAAGAUCUUCCUGGCGAGACACUACGACCCCAAGAUAGAUUUCUACGAUUAUGGUACUUCCCGCACCGAUCUCCGCAGGAACAACUCCAAGUCUGGCAAGACUUUGAGCUCGACCUUUGAGAACCCCGCUUUGUCCUCUAAGAUGAUCUCUGCUCUUGUCCCCGAUGCUGCCAGGAAGAUGCUGAGCAGCAGGGUUCUGCAUGGAGGACGCGACAAUUUGGAGGAAGAUACCAAGACGGUCAGCAAGGGACGACCUGGACACAACAAGCAACAUAGCAGCAAGCAGGGGUCGACACACAACGUUAGACAACAAGAGACAUACGAGAUGGGACAUAUCGCCAAGCCGACCAACACUUACAGCAGCCAACACAAGAACAGUUACGACUCUACUAGACCGCUUUCGCCCCAGAGCGGCGGAGGGAAGCAGGAAUACGGAGGGGAUGACGUCAUAGAUGACUACUACGACAACCAGAAGCAGAGUCUCACCAAGGCUGCCGCUAAUCCACGCUACGACUACAGCGACACCAGCAAACCUUAUGGCUCUCAGGACAUGACUUCGUUCGUCGCUGGUCGGUACAGAGCCAACGAAGAUCCUUAUGGCUACAGCAACAGCGGCUCAAACUCGACAUCAUUAGGAGCCACUGCAGCAGCGAACAAGCCCUCAUACAUGGAGCUAGCCAAGAUGCAUCAGACCGACAGCUACAAGACGACCGGAAAGGCGAUGCAAUACGAGGACACCAAUGCCCUUCAGUCCCUGCACUUGCCGCCCAUCAACUUCCAGAAGCCAAAGAAACGACAGCAGCAGCAACAACAACAACAAGAGCCCCAGAUACAGCAGGAAGCGUCGGAUUCGUACGAUGUCAUCACCGUUCAGGAGCAGCCGGAUACGAACCGUGGAACCAGCAACGAAUACGUCGAGUACCACGUCGAGCCAGUCUCCUCUCCCAAGACCUCUUCGCGGAUGCCCAAGGCAGCUCCAGCACCCCGCCGUCGCGAUCGCGAUAACUCCAACAACACCGCCAACAACAACAAUGGUCGUCAAACCUCUAGUAAUAACAACAACAGGAACGACUCGUAUACCAGCCAGGGCCGCAACAACAAUAGCAGCAACCGCAGUCAAGGCAACAACUACCUGUAA